AUGCGAUCAUCUUCCAUCUAUCUGCUCGCAGCCGCGUGUUCCCUUCUCCUGCAGUCCUGCGCGGCCCAGUGCAGUGAGGAGGAGGCCAGCUGCAAGACAGGGUCGAGGUACAUCCUCAAAGAUGGCAAGAAAGCUCUCGAGCUCGUGCAGGUCAUCGUGGUGCACCGACACGGGGAUCGAACUCCCAUCACCAAGAGCGCGGGCUCGUUUGUGCAGACAGAGGAGCUGAAGAGCAUCUGGUCGUCGAAGAUCAACGGGCAUGAGUCCGUUCGUCGUUGGGGAGUGAGCAAUCGGGACGACACAGGGACAUACAUCACGCACAACAUCUCCUCCUCCUCCUCCUGGCCCUUCGGUCAGCUCACCAAGCGAGGGGCCGCUCAGAUGAGGAGAGUUGGGGCUGAGCUGAGGGAGAGGUACGUGGGAGACUUGAACUUCCUGCCUGUGGACUUGCCGGCUGAUCACUCCGAGGAGAAGUUCUUCAUAUACGUGCGAUCCACCCGAUAUCCGCGAACUGUCCAGAGCGUGCAGAACUUGCUGCUAGGGUUGUACCCCGAGGACACGCGGCUCGAGGAGUCAGGAGCAGCUGGAGUGAUCACCAUCGAGAGCCAGGAGAAAGCGUUGGACCACAUGACGGGGCUGAGCGACAAGCGAUGCCCGCGAGUCAGGUCGCUGCUGUCGCAGAUCGACACGACAGUCAAGCCACAAGAGAGUCACGUGAGGCUGCUCGACGAGCUCGCGGUGAGGAUCAACCACACAGACAGUCAGCAGGACAAGAUGGUCAUCGACGUCUGGAUCCACCUCGCGGACGUGUGCCACUGCCAUCGCUCGCACGGCAUGGACGUUCCCUUCGGACUGACGCCCAACGAGAUCGACUCGCUCAUGGACUACAACACGUGGAUGUGGAGCACGAGAAUGAACACGCCUGAGCUCAGCAAGCUCGCCAUCGGCGGCUUCCUCCAGGACAUCCUGCGAGAACUCAAGGCGACAGUGGCAGGAACCCCCCGGGCGAAACUGCUGGUGUUCUCCGGCCACGACUCCACGCUCUUCCCGCUGCUCAAGGCCCUCGACGCCUUCGACGAGAAGUGGCCCCCGUACGCCUCAAGAGUCCAGCUGGAGCUGCUCCGGGAGGUGGAGACAGGGACCUUCUAUGUUCGCCUCCUCUACAACAACCAGCUCAGACAUAUGCUCGGCUCCUCCGACGAGUUUCUGCCCAUCGAGCUGUUCUUCUCGAAGCUUGCGGGCAUGGAGUCAGCUAACAUUCACGAGGAGUGUCACAGGCAGUGA